AAGAGUGUCAUGGCUUACUACGAUGAAUUUCAACAAUUGAUGUUGAAACUUGACCACCGAGGCGAGCAAGUAAGUCAUGACAUUGUGCGCUUCAAGGUUGGGUUAAACAAGGACAUCUCCACUCGCAUGACGCUUCACAAAUUCGACAUCAUAGAUGGCAUCUUCCAUACGGCUUUAGAGGUUGAGAGGGAGCUCAAAGAUAACUCAUUCAUGGCUACCCAACCCGAGGCCACCAAGGUUGUCCAAAAACAUCCUCCAAGGUAUGAAGGUAAAUUGAAUUCUACUUCCAAUCCCAAGGGAUUUCAAUGCUUCAAAUGCCAAAGGUUGGGGCACAAGGCUAGUGAGUGCCCAAACCCGAGGAACGUGAUCCUAAGGGAGGGAAAAUUGUACUAUCUUGGGGAAGAAGUAGUAAUUGAAUCGGCUUAGGUUGAUGGCAAGCCUCAAGAUGGAGAGCAAAAAGAGGUUAAAAGGCAAGGCGUGGAAGAUGUAGAAGAUGUGUGGCCGUGUGAAGGAGAUUGUGAAGUGCCUUUGUAAAAGAGAUGUCAUCAUUUCAAGAAAGCUUGCAAAAGUUCAAGAAGCAGCAAGAGAAGUGUCAAUCUACUCUUGUGAGUAUGGCUGCCAGAGCAGGACCAUCCAAGGCGGCAGCUCCUCCAAGACCAGCAGUUGCAAAACCUCCUGCACCUGCAGUCAAAUUUUCAAAUGACACAGAAAGGCUCCAGCAUAUAAAUAGUAUAAGGAAAGGUCCCGUGGGUGCUCAGAUAAAACGUGUCAUAGACUUGCUGCUGGAGACUAGGCAAGCUUACACACCACAACAGAUCAAUGAAGCAUGUUAUGUUGACAUAAAUGGCAAUAAAGCUGUGUUUGACAGUUUGAGGAACAACCUUAAAGUCCAUUAUGAUGGCAAUCGCUUCUCUUAUAAGUCGAAACAUGCCUUGAAAAAUAAAGAGGAUCUACUUAAGUUGAUACGAAGAUACACUGAGGGCAUUCCUGUAAUCGACCUCAAGGAUGCAUACCCAACUGUCAUGGAGGAUCUGCAGGCUCUCAAAGGUGCUGGUCAAAUAUGGCUGCUGUCAAAUUUUGACUCCCAGGAAGACAUUGCGUUCCCAAAUGAUCCACGAGUACCUAUUAAGGUUGAUGAUGAUUUGAAACAGCUAUUCAGAGGUAUUGAAUUACCACGUGACAUGCUUGAUAUUGAAAAGGAUCUCCAGAAGAACGGGAUGAAACCUGCUACAAACACUGCAAAGAGAAGGGCAAUGGCUCAAGUUCAUGGCAUUGCCCCCAAGCCCAAAACAAAGAAGAAGAAGCAUGAGAUUAGCAAGAGGACUAAGCUUACAAAUGCUCAUCUUCCCGAACUCUUCAAACUUUAGAUUUCCAUUGGUUCAUAAACUUUUCCUGAAUCCGAAAGAAUCACUGAACUUUAUCUUCGUUAGGGCUUGGUGGGGGGUGGGGGUGUGCUCCUAUCCAGAUUCUUAUGUACUACUGAGCUUACAGAUGCAAAUGCUUUACCUGUCUAGAACGGAAGGCUCUUAAGAAUGGCUAAGCUAUUGGUGUUUAGUUCCUAUUUUCAAGUCGAUAUUUUAUUCUUAUACCUGUUGAACUUGGGGGUGGGAAUGAUACUAUUAUUUUGGUGUGUAUUACUGAUUUUGGGGGUUUUGGACCAUCAAACUGUUUGUAUAAAUACUUCUAUGAAAAUCAACAACUCCAAUUUGUAUUA